AGCGCUCGGCUCCGCUCGCCGAGGAGGAGGGAGAGGAGAGGGAGCGCCGCGCCUCGCCUCGCCUCAGCCGCCCGGCCCGCGCCGCGCCGCUCGCUGCCCGCCGCCGCCCCGCUCGCUCCCGCCUCCGCCCGGCGCCGAAGAUGGCCGGCUGGCAGAGCUACGUGGACAACCUGAUGUGCGAUGGCUGCUGCCAGGAGGCCGCCAUUGUGGGGUACUGCGACGCCAAGUACGUCUGGGCAGCCACGGCCGGCGGCAUCUUCCAGAGCAUCACGCCAGUAGAAAUAGAUAUGAUUGUAGGAAAAGACCGAGAGGGUUUCUUCACCAACGGUCUGACCCUUGGUGCAAAGAAGUGCUCUGUGAUCAGAGAUAGCCUGUAUGUUGAUGGUGACUGCACAAUGGACAUCAGGACAAAGAGUCAAGGUGGUGAGCCGACAUACAACGUUGCUGUAGGCAGAGCUGGCCGAGCAUUGGUUAUAGUCAUGGGAAAGGAAGGUGUCCAUGGAGGGACACUCAACAAGAAAGCAUAUGAACUGGCUUUAUACCUGAGGAGGUCUGACGUCUAAGCAGCCUCUCCCCAUCCAGCUAGCAACUGUCUUCAUCACCAUCCAGUUGUGUUCAGUGCUACCAGACUGUAGAUGGUAGUUUGCGUUUUUUAUUUACCCAUUUUCUAAUGUCAUAAUUCCAGUUACCCUUUGUUCAUUUGUAUGUUAACCACUGUGUGUAACCAAAUCCCGUAUCUGGCACCAUUACUGCACCACAAAGAUGAUAUGCAUGAUACCUUGAAAAACUAUUGGGAGGGGAAUAUGCCAAGUGUAGGCUUUGCUUUGUCUUAGCAAUUAGUGUGUAUUGACAACUAAAACAACUUAAAUACUAAACAAGGUGCCGAUUGUACAAUCUAAUUUGAUCGAUGCCUCUUCAGCACUUUGAGCAAUUACACAGCUCACUAGUCUUCCUUUCAUAGAGCAUGGUUGGGAGGAAAAAGUGCAUGCAUAUCUUUAUUUCUGUCCCUUUCCCCUCUUGUGUUUUUGUUGUGUUUUUGUUUUUUUUUUUUUAAUCCACGUAUGUUUGCUUACACCUAUUUUUAUAGUGCCUGGUUUGUUUAACCAAUUUGCCACUCAAAAGCUAUUAAUGUUAAAUUAGUUUUGUUGUUGCACUUCACUGUAGGUUUAAGUCUCACUUUUUCUUCAUGAUAUAUGAAGCUUGUACUGCUUAAUAAGUGCAAUCGCAAAACUAUCAAAGGGUACAGAUGCACUUCCUCCCAUGACCUUACAACCACCAUCCCAAAUGAAUCCCCAGGGACAUUCCAUCUUUGCAAUAGCUCAGGCACUUUUUUUUUUUUUUGCCAGCUCCUGUUCUGUAGUUAAAUUGUAAAAGGCUGCCAUUAUGGACAUUAGAUAUCCCAACAUAACCAUCUGGAGUGUGUCUGGUUUCAGUUUUUCAUAGGACCAAUUUUAAUUUGCAGCUUGGGUUGUUCUUUUUUUUUUUUUUUUUUUUUUAAUUAAAUUGCAAUAUCAUUGUGGAAAACUGCCACCUUCAGCUAUUCUGGGAGUGCUGACUGACUCCAGUCUUUCUGCCAGAUUAGUUACUGGUUAAAGAGUUCUGCUGCUCUGAAGCCAUUAUUCAGAUGAAGGUUGGUAGUUUGAAAGCUAACCUGUCAAAAUGAUGCCAUUUCAAAUCUAAAAUCUUCAUUUGGCCUGUCACACCCUUGCUGCAGAAAUCAUGGAGUGAACUGCCUUGUGCACUAGUCAUUUGAAAUGUCUGUAACCAAACUCUCAGUUCAGGCACGGUACUAACUUGUAUGUCCAUUUAAAGAGAACUGCAGAACUCUGUAUACAAAAGAAUAAAUGGGAGAUGGUAUUGGUUGGAAUAACUGACUUGGCUGUCUUGUGAUGAAUUUUUUAAUAUGUAUUCUGUGCCAUACUAUUGUUUAAAAAAAAUGAACUGUUGCUAUUGUGAGAUGGAUUUUAACUGACUACAAGGGUUUCUUUUGAAUGGCACUACUUUAGGGACAUUCUAGUAUUUGCUUCUAUUGUUGGGCCUUGUGGAUAAUGUACAGAUUUAAACAAAUUCUUGUUGCUGAUUUGUCCAUUUCUUUCCCUGCACUUUGUUACAUCUGGGAUACAGUCUAACUCAUCUGAUUUAAUAUGCAUUUCAAAAAAUGCCAUAACUAUUAAAAACACCUUGUUUACAGACAGAUGAAAUAAAUUUAUUCCAACCAAA